UCGUCGUCGUCAUCGUCGACGUUCGCCGCGGCCCGUCCGUGCACACCGGAGAUCCGUUCUCGAUCAGUCUGUCGUCGUCUCGACUGUGAAACGUGCAGCGUGUCUCGGUGAUCUGAUGUAACCCUUCUCUUUCUUUCUUUCUUUCUUUCUUUCUUUCUUUCUUUCUUUCUAUCUGUCUUCCCCUCUCUUUUCCUCUCUCUCUCUCUCUCUCUCUCUCUCUAUCUCUCUCUCUCUGUUUGUCUCUUUCUCUCGCUAGUCACUCCUUCUCUUUCUCUGCCGUAAAACCGCAUCGGCCGUGUGUAUAUCGCCUCGAUUACACCAGAACGGUUGAGCGUCGCCGAGCGGUUCCAACGUCUGGAUCCGUGGAGCGCACUUGCUCGUCGUUGUCCUCGUCCCGUCGUCCUCGUCGAUGCUCCGACUCUGUGUUCACUCGCGCGCUGAUUCUUCUGCCGAUCGCGCCGCUAAUUAAACUCUGGUGAGCCGACUGGACACGAUUCACGGAUCGCGAAACGAUCGACGAUCGAGAGUCUCUCGAUCAGGAUCCUCUCGAUCAGGAGGUGCGUGCGAUUAUCCUGCUUACUGGACCUAGACCUCGUCCACCACGGUCGAGAAGCAUCGACGAUCGGAGCAACAUUUGAAAAAUUCUUUUUUGGAUGGCUCAGUGGAUUUCGGAUAGGAAAGUCAUGGUGUAACGUCUGUUGUUGAGAAGUGUCGGAUAUGGAUUCUGUGAUUCGACGGUUCGCUGGUUUCGCGUUGGUUUUUCGUGAACAAGAUUCGUGAUCCUCCGGGUGUUAGAUGCGCCGUGCUUCGAAGCUCGUGCGUGUGUACGAGUGCCCGGUUUUAAGGCUGGUUAACCUGGAAGGUGGGACUGGAUGCGAGAGGUUAAGUGGCUCGGAGGAUGAGGAUCGAGUAGUGGGUCGUUAGAAAUUGAAAGCUUCUCAGGGGGGAAGGAAAGCUCGGAUGUUCACGACGGCGAAAGCAGACAUUUCGUUCUCGGUGAUCGCCGAUGCGAUUCCGUUCGACGCUUUCAUGCGCCAGCAAUUAAUCGAUUAAUCGUCCCCACGACGCGAAGGAGACGGCCGAUUUUCUCAGCGAAACUGGUUUAAGUGGUUCGCAUUAGCAUCGUUAAUGUGCUACUGUUACGGAAUACAAUUCCGAGUGUCGAGUAAGUGGACGGGAUUGAUGUUGUCCAUCGGGGCAAUCGUCGAGCAGUUCGUCAAGCGAAUCAAAGCGUUCACGAUCUGUCGUUUCUCGUGAACUGAUAAAAGCGAUACGUGUGCAUUUACGAGCCGAUUAAGAUAAAAGUACGAAGCCAGUGGAAAGAAAAAGUAUAUUGAUGCUCGCGGUGUGCGUCGUCGCUUGUUCGUCGUUCGUUCUCUCGCGCGACUGUCGAACUGUUUUUUUCGUCUUUCCGUUCCGCGUGAACGAUUAACCGAGCAGCAGCCGAAAAUCGAAUCGUAUCGAAGGAGAAAAAAAAAGGGAAAAAGAAAAGAUGGUCGAGUGAAAGUGCUCUCGGAUGGUAGCCGUUUGCCGUUGAAUUCCGUGCGUUUAAUUCCGAGUGCAUUCGUGAUUAAUUAAGAGCGGAGAAAAGCGAUCUCGCGCGCUCGAAGAAUCGUGAAGAAUGCCACCAGCUUGAUACGAUAUUCGUACGCUGUGUGUGUACGUACGUGUACGUUUGUACAUACACGUACGCGUUGUUCUCCAUUCACAAAAAAAAAAAAAAAAAAAAAGAAACAAACCAAUUCGUGAUCUGCUAAUCUAGUCACAUUGACUUUAAGAUUACCUCUCCGAAACUAGUGGUCCGAAACGAGGACAGAGACAUUCCGUUCGCCAAUGUCGAAAUGGAAAAUCUCGUGUAUCGUUGGCGAUCUACGCAACGAGCGAACUCGCGAGCGCAACAUUAUGAUAAUAUUAUCUCGCGGACGAUAAGGCUGCCACGAACGUAAGCGAAAUCUCGAUCUGAUCGUGCGAAAUCGGACGAAUUUUUCGAUCAUAACCGUGCCACGAUCCGCUCUGUGUCUUUUUUGAUCGGUUCGAUUUCAAGUUGAAAUCGGCUUCAGAAACGAGCCGGUUCGAUUCCGAACUCGGAAAUGAACGAACGCAAGAGACAAAAGUGGAACAUCUAGAUUUGUUGAACGUUUAUUAUCGUUGCCGUGCGCGCGUGCACGCUGCAUUGCUCUCGAGUAAUGCACGAAAUCGGACGACACCGAUUUAACAAUCGUUCGUCAGCGGCCGGUUCAACAGUGAAGAAUCCUUUCGUUUCGAGGUGUAACGUGACGAAAUUGCAUUCGAUCGUGGAGAUAAUAGAUCGAUGAUAAUUCCUCGUGCACGAGACAUCAUCGGGUUCGAGGAAGUGCUUGUUAUGGAUAUCUGCGCGGCGAUCGAGCGGAAUUACGUGGAUGGCAUCCAGGAAAGCGUUUUCAAACCAUUGCAGGAGGUGAAGGGAGGAUGAAGAAUGCCUCGCGUCGGCGGAGACGGGGGUGGCGGGCCGGAGAAGGCAGGAGGAAGUGGAUUCGGAGGAUGGCUUGGGGGUGCAGCAAGAGCCAUGACAGGGGCAAGUGUCGGAGGUGGUUACGUGGUUCUUGGUGGUACCAGAUACGGUCUCAGACUUUCUCAGGAAAGCUUGCCGCCGUCGAACUCGCGGGAAGAGUCGCAGGAGAGGCGUCGCAAGAGGAGUUCCCGGGAGAGCGACUCUCGCGAACGACUGACGGAGAGGUGCGCGGAGAACGCGGCACUGGAGCUCAGCUCGAGCAUCGCCGACUGCUGUUGCAUCGGUCCACGUUCCCGUUUGCCGCUGCCGAGGAUCCCGCCGUCGGCGAGCAACGCCGCCACGACGUACUCGACGUCGUCGUCGUCGUCGUUGACGUGCGGAACAGGCGGCGGAGGUGUUGUAGGUGGAGCUGGAGGUGGCGUUGGAGGAAUCGCUGGUGGACCGUUUCCUUUUCCUGGGCCUCCCACGUCUUCGAACAGCCGUGUUGCCGGCGUGGAACAGCCGGCGACGCUGACGACGCCAACGACGUCGGCGCAACCGACGUUGGUGAACUCUAAUAAUAACCGAGGGAUGCUGCAAACGUCGGUGGGGAACAGCACUGGCCAGCACCAUCAGGCACAAUCGUCCGCGGCUCUAACGGCGGCGGUACCGUCCUCCUCGUCGCCAUCCGCCUCGACGUCGUUCAACACGUCCACCGCCGUCCCGACGCUGCAGUCCGUCUCGGUGCCGCGCCAGCUAGCACAGUGGACCAAGCAUCAGACGCUGAAGCUGCAGGAGCCAGCAGUGAUAGCGGUGGACCGAUUGCAUAGGUUCCGGUGGAGCGGGGGCGGAGGAGGGAGUAGCAAAAAGUCCUCUUCCGGCCCCCGGAGCGAAAAGGCUGAGCGCCUUCGAGAGCUCACUGAGAAAUUGAAGGGUCCAGCCCCGGUGCCACCACCUAGAAGACCUUCGCGGGUUCAAACAUCGUCUCCACCGCCAAGUGGAUAUCAACCACCCUCGCAGAACUACCCUCAGGCAACGAACCAAGGAUGUGGUCGGUGCGACGGUCGACCUUCCUGUCGAAGCUACACGUACAGCGAGGGUACGGGUCACGGAUCUGGCAACCAGUACCCUCAGCAGUACCAGCAGCAACAGCAACACCAGCUGAAGACGAUCAAUCGCAGUGACAGUGUCGGUGACGAGUGUCUCAGUGAGUCGAGUAACGACGCGUACAGGAAGCAGUGCACCGACUCGAGGAGAUCCUCCCGGUCGGUCAGACAACAUGACAGGAACAGUGGUGACGCAAGUGACAUAAAAAACGAGCUGAACGCCAGUGCGGACACGGCGAAACAUUUGAGACAGUACAGUGAUUCGGUGGUGGAUAGUGGCACGUGUGUGGACGAUUUGUGUAACAAUCUGAGGGCAGACGUCCUUGGAACAGGUAACGAGGGCGAAGCCAGGGAUGCGAUCACGAGAUUGGAGCCCAGAGGGCCUCUUCUUGCGUUUCACAGAGCUGGUGCACCGUUCAGAAGCGCUUCCUUCGGCCAGGUGGAUUUCAAUCAAGUUAGUCGACAGAAGGCACAGCCAAUAGCCACGUCGAAUCGGACGGAGAGCAAGGAUGUUCGUGCGAGCACGUUGCCGCGAAGACGCGGGGACGUCAGUCCAGCGGUCUCGACGCCACAAAACAGCCCGAAUCGUCAGAGUCCGAGGACAUCGACGCCCAGCGUCGACAGCGCCGUUGGCUCUGCGGAAGGGCUUGGUGUACCUCAAGCCGGAAAUCACGAGGAGAUUCGGCCGAGGAGCGAUGGUUCCGACAGUCUGGCGACUUCGAGCGCGCUCACCAGCCCGGAGCCCCCGGUGCCGGAAAUCAACGAGCCGAGAGUUGCGAUCGACCUGGUGCAAUCUGACGUGCCUCCUGUCGAGAUCCUCGCCGCCGAACCCGUUUUCCCGCUCGUCGAGAGCGCGCCCAUUGAAGAAACCGCGCAGAAAGAAAAUAGGCUGGAGCCGCACGAGGUGAUAAUCACACCGCCACCCGAGGAGCCCCGAUUGAGUCAAGCCAGCGAGGGUAGCGAGGCGGCGAGCGAAGCACCCUCCGAAGCCUCGUCGCCGUCGGGCAAAUCGAGGAGGUACCGAGGGGACACCAGCAAAAGGAGAAAGGGCGUGUACAUAACCCAAUGGCCGGAGUCCUUGGACACCGACAGGAACAAGCUGUCAGCUCAGAGCAGCGAGGAAAGAGACGAGCCACCUGCGACGCCGAGCGACCUCUCCGACUGCGAGGGCCACACGCCUAGAAGGUACAGCAAGAGACCACUUCGUGGACCAUACGGACAAAUGCUCGAGGCAGAGAUGGCGAAACCACGAACCGCUGAUAUCUCUCUGGAGGAAGGAUUACGUCCACGUAGAAAAGUUUCCGCGAAUCUCUCGUACAACACAAGCUCGAAUAACAGCGGUUCAGAGCCGCCUACGCCUUGCCAUCAUAGAACCACUUCCAGCCCGAGCAAACUCGAAGGUCUUCCGGGGCCAAGUCCCGAACUCCUUGCGGAGCUGCUUCGAGGAUCUUCGGAGAGGGUGGCUCGAAACGAUACAAGGACCCACGUAGUGGUGGAAUUGUACGAUACGGAACGAUCCUACGUGGAGGCACUGCAAAUACUAGUCAAUAAAUAUCUGCAACCAUUGAAGAGCCCCGAAAAUGCAGGUUUGGUGGACGCAGCGACGGUGGACGAAAUCUUCUAUCAGAUUCCUUCUAUCCUCAAUCAUCACAAGGUGUUCCUGGAGGAGUUACGUAAAAAACUGGAUACUUGGGAGCUGAAGCAGACGAUUGGCGAUGUUUUCCUCGACGUGUUCACCAAGCCAGUCGUCCUGGAGACUUACACCCUUUUCCUUGAUAAUUGGAAGUCCGCGAGGAAAGCGAUAAAAACGACUUGCCAAGCGAAGCCUGCUUUCGCGCGAUUCCUCGAGACAAUGGAACGGGAGCACAAAGGAAAACUUGGGCUGGAUCAGUUAUUGAUCAAACCGGUGCAGAAGAUACCACGUUACGAGCUGCUGAUCCAGAGGCUGUUGAAACACACCGACGCCACGCAUCCGGAUUUCGAGUUGCUGCAAACUGCUCAGAAGGAGGUGCACGAGUUAGUUGUAAAAAUCAAUUGCACGGAAAGGGAGUCCCUCGAGUGGGAGCAACAGCAAACUACGUUGAGGGAGGUUCAGGCGCUCGUCGAAGGAUUGGCUGGUAUCGUGACGAACGAUAGAGCAUUCGUACGCCACGAUCUUGUCACCAUAGCAUCGAACCAAGGAACCAGAAAGGAACGUGCACUAUUUCUGUUCUCCGAUCUGCUUGUCAUCACGAGCAUCAAGAGGAGAAGCGGCACCAUAAGAAAACCGUCGACUUCUUGCCCGAACAGUCUGGUUGGCCUACUCGAAGCAAACAAGUACAAAAUGUUAAUGAGAAUACCGCUGGACGAUCUAGAAGUUAUGAAAGCCAAAGAUGAGAACCUGAGGCGAAUGGUCCGCGAAGUAGACCAUCUUCGAGAGGACUGUGCAACGUUGACUCAGCUUCAGGAACUCGCGGCCACGUUGCACGGUGCGAGGCAACAAUUAGAGGAUCUUAUCAAGGAUAUGUUGAGCCAGGCGCAGCGUCAAUUAGCUGAAAGGAACGCGGCGCAUUCGCAGUUGGCUUGUCUGGAAUUAACGCUUAACACACAAGCUGGGAUCGAGAACAUUUCCGUGAUGUUCACGAAGCCGGACAAAAGAGCCAGCUGGGAGGAGAGCUUCAACGAGGCCAAACAGAAGUUAGCGUUGUCCGCUGACAGGAGGCCCUGCCCAGAAUUUGUGGGACCUCUGCCGAUACGAAAGACUCGAGCUGGCUUGCAGUUCACCUGCGCUGCACCCACUUUGGCCAAUGGACAGGGCUCUAGGGAUGUUUGGGUGUGCAACAGCGACGGCUACGUGGGUCAGGUGUGCGUGUUGAGUCUCACCCCGGAACCACCGCAGGUGAUAUCUUGCAACGGAGUCUGUAACGCGAGGAUCCUGUGUGUCGCGGGAAUUCCAGCGUGCACACAAAGAUCGAAUUCGUGCGUGACUAACAACAUUUCAUUCGCGAACAGUAAGAGCGGCAUAAGCAUCUCGGUCCAGGAUGUCGAUGCCAGUGGCGGGAACAUACAGUUAGAUAGUAGCUCGAGCUCCGACGACUCGGACUCGGACGACAUUCCAUGUGCAGAUACGGGUAGCCUGGCUUUGAGCAGCGACGUUCCGAGUAUUGAUAACGUAACAACGGAAGAGGAUGUCAACCAACCAACCAUGUGGCUGGGGACUGAAGAUGGAUGCAUUCACGUGUACAAUUGCAACGAUAACAUCAGGAUAAAGAAGAACAAAGUGAAAAUACAACACAAUAGCAGUGUGCAUUGCAUCAUAUAUUUAGACAAUAAAGUGUUCGUGUCACUCGCUAACGGAGACAUCACUGUCUACUCUAGAGAUCACAUGGGUGGUUGGAACACAUCCGAUCCGACGACAGUCUCGGUGGGCACAGUGGCUUCUCCAGUGACGAAGAUGCUUCCAGUGUCUGGGAAACUUUGGUGCGGCUGCCACAAUUCCGUAAAAAUCCUCAACACCAACACGCUGGACAUAGAACACACAUUCGCCGUUAGCAACGACACAUCAUUGUCGGUUUCCUGCAUGGCGAGUUCCGGUGGGCUAGGAGUUUGGAUCUCUUUGCACAAUAGCGCCGUGCUGCGAUUGUUCCACUCUGGUAGUUACGAAUGCUUGACGGACAUCAACAUAGCACCAGCUGUCACCAAAAUGCUUACCACAGGUUGCGAUGACAUAAUACGACAGCACAAGGCCGCUUGUCUCAGGGUUACCGCACUUUUGGCUUGCAACGAGUUACUUUGGAUCGGCACGAGCGCCGGCGUGUUAUUGACUGUGCCAAUUCCCCAUAUAAAGCCAUCUACUCAGAGGAUGUCCCAACCACCGAUCGUGACUGGUAUUCCUCAUGGACAUACCGGGCACGUGCGUUUCCUCACAUGCGUGGAAACGACGACGCUGCCGAAGCCAGAUCCGCGUCCGAAGGUGAACAGAUACUCGCUGAAGUCGAGCAAAACUCAACAGAACAACAUCAAUCGCGGGAAACUGCUGGUGAUAUCGGGCGGAGAUGGUUACGAGAAUUUCAGGGGUCCGCAGGCAUCCGCCGAGCUGCAGGCUGGUCGCGAAGACUCGACCAAUCAUCUGCUGCUUUGGAAAGUGUGAUCGAAUCUGAUAUGGCCCUCGGUAAGGGCCUCAAUUCACUCACGUCGGCAUGACAUGCCGUGGGAAUCGUUGUUGCGUGUGCAAUCCACACGCGGUCGGGUCCGUCACUGUCCGAUCGUGACUGUUCAGGACGUGUUCGCCCGACGAUUUUUCAGGGAACGCGGGAAGGUUCUCUGGCUGAUUUUGGCCGAGUGGAUCAAAAGCAGAAUAAGAGAGGUCCGUUACUUUCAGGGUGCCAAGGAGCACGCGUUCCAAACCGCCAUGGAAAUGGACUAGACAGCGUUUCUUUGAUCGCGUACAAUACGCGAGUUAACAUCAUCGAGAAAAUCAAAAUCCUCUUUGACUCUUGUUGAGGCUGAUUUCGCUGUGAAGCUAUUCGAAACGAUUCACCGAAAUCAAAUUCAAAACCACAGAGAUACACGUUCCGUACAAAUGUUUCCCAUCCAGCUCCAAAAUUUAAUUGUUAAAUCGCGCGCAUAACUUUGAUUGUCAUCGUUUUGAAUGCCGUCUGAUUUCAGUGAAUCGUUUCCACGGGAGUUUGUACUUUUGCAUCGGACCAGCGUGUAUCGAACGCUGAUUUCUCGGUGCUCGAUCCCGCGACGCUAAUUGAUCGUGCGAUCGCAAUUUAGGUGUCGAUGUGCUUCGAUGUUCAAUAAAGGAGGGUACAGGUGAACGACUGCGUACACGCGCGCUUCAACCAAAUCGAUUUAAUUACGCGGUGUUAUACCGUGUGCCCGUUCUGUUAAAUGUAAUAUAUGCUAACGUUGAACGCAACACCGGAACGCAAUGGAUUACGAUACCUGGAAGAGCGUUGAAUCGAGCUUAUACACAACACCGUUGACACACUGGCCUAAAAAUACCAUUUAAAAAUACGAAAUGGGAGCUAAUCGAGUUAAGAGUGCCAAAACGAAUUUAUCAUUGUCCAUCGAUCGACGCAGCCGACGCGUAACACAUCGUUGUUCGUUUGUAUUGAAUGAUUCAACUGAUCGCGACAGAAUGUGUUCGUGUUUAAUCGUGUAAUGGAGUUCUACCGAAUUCGCCAGGUUGAAUAAAUAACGAGAAGACUAAAUCUCUUUCUUUCGAUCGGGGAAUCUUUGUAAACAGUGAAUUGUCAAAACGGUUGUUUCAGUUGCUAGUCGAGAGAGUCCUAAUUGAUUUCGAUAAAGCGAAAAAUAAUUAUAUCCCUAAGUGGAUCUUUUGUAUAAUACAGUUUAUUAUAAUUUAGUAAUUUACGAUGAAUUAGAUGAAAUAGAAAUAGAUUUUCUUUCACGUGAGAUCUUCUCAAUCAAUUAAUUAUGAAUGGUCCACUUGAAGAUUAAAUGAAAUAUAAAUUGCCCAACUUCUUGUCUUUCCGCGUAUAAUUUCUCAUUUGAAGGAAAGUCAAAACGUUGUUGCAAACGAAACGAAAGGAAACGAACUCGUUGAAGACGUGAGAAAAAAUUGCGGGAGUUAUUAUUGCCAAGGAAUUCAAGGAAGAAAGGUUCCUCAAAGCUUCGUCGCGAUAAUUAUCACAUUGGCGUUUGGUUGUCUCUACGUCAGCGUUAUUGGUACAAAAAUUCGAGAGACCAAUCCGCACAGUUUCCCCCCGUUUAGGGUGCAUCUGGAUAGAUCUUAAGCUCUUUGUACGUCUCACGCGCGUUUUAUUCGCUUCGCAAUUUCGAGCGAGACUCGCCUGACUUUUUUACAACUUCGAGGACACACACGAUCAACAUACAGCGUAUUUGACAAUAAUUAAUUGAUAUCGAUCACGCAGAUAAUCUUACGCAUGACCAAAUGUCCCGCGAUGCAAAUCAUUUCCCUCUCGUCUUUGACUUUUACGAUAUUUUCGAUUCUCGCGAUAUUUCGUCCCUCUGAUUUCCCUUUUCGCACGAAACGUUCGCACGUCGAUCAGUUGCAACGAUACCGAGGCCGUGACUGCAGGACUCUUGCCACGAUGAUACCUUUUCAACGCUAGAACUAUCAGACUGGCUCCUGUGAUCAAUUCGUAAUUUUUCGCGGGGACUCUCACGCGAAUAUUUGAAGAUUUGAAUAAUUUCUCGUAAAACACGGUCUGUUUGAAAAAAGUCUCUAUACGCUACACUAGAAUUUUGAAGAACGGCAAACGAAUAACAUUUAUAUAACAAUUGGACUGGAAAGAAACACGAUGAUGAGAUUAAAAAUGUUUAUUGCAUGGUACGAAGGUUUUUUUUGUAUUGACUGUGUAUAAGUGAAAACUUAUCGAACGUUUCUUGUCGUGUUACAGAGCUUUUUCCUGUUUCUUAAAGAGUUUCGUUUUCCUGACAUUUUCUGACGCGUUUUGUACUUUAGACGCCAGUUGUUCUAGCAUCGAAUCAAAACCGAGGGCACUUUGCAGUUUUGUUGACCAAUCUUCUUUCGUUCAUUUGACGAACUUUAGAUCUCUCACGGAGCCGAGAUUAGGUGUUCAAAGUAUCAAAUAUACUUUGUGAUUUUAUGACAACGUUUGCAAAAAAAAAAUAUAUAUAUAUAUAUAUAAAGAAGAAAUAAAAAUUAUUGUCCUUACGAGAAAUUGAAAGAAAUUGUAUGGAUGCGUUGUUUAAUUAUAUAAUACGUGCAAAGAAGAAGGAAAAAGAAGAAAUGAGAAAAAAAUGAAAAGAUGUAAAAUAUGUAAAAAAGAAAAAGAAGAGAAAAAAUAAAUUAGUGUUUCUGGAGAGAUGGUAUCGUUUUAUUAGAAGAGCCGGCGACACAUCAAAAUGCUUCAAGACUGACUCGAAUAAUUUCAAUGAGCGAAGCACAAAACGAUUCGUUUUAACCCAGCGUCGUAUUUAAUCGAUAAUAUUGAUACGAGGAACGAUGGGAUCUUGAUCUUUCUCGACCGGCUCGAACUGAGAAACGAUUGCAAGAUUCGCUCUACGAUCGUCGUAGAGAAUGGAGGCAUCAUUCUCAUGUGUAUUAUAUAAUUAUCGACAUACCUGUACGUGUGAUAAAUCAUUGUUCACAAGCCUACCACUCGAGAACGAGGUGUAGUCGAUAGAAUUGAUAUAAUGAGGUCACACAUGGUCGUGAAUGAUUUGAACUUAUGCAAGUUUCUUAACCUGGCGUGUAAAACUUCGAUACAAAAUAUACAUAUUGUACACUGCGUGAAAAGCAAAUCAUCCAUUUUCAGAAUUUUUUUAAAAUGUAUACUAUACAGAAAUCUUUUUAAUUGGCUACUGAACAAAAUCUGAUUGAUAAUCAAUAGUUCCUGGUUAAUAUAUUAUACUUGUCUUUAUAAUGCAAGUUAAUAGUUUCAGUAUGUCACUUGAACACUCUAAGGAACGUAAUUACAAUGCUAGCGAAAUACAGAAAUUCUUCAAAAAAUCUCAACAUCUCCGUAGAAUCGGAUCCAAAUUCUUGAAAUAUCUUUACUAGACCAAAGAAGAAGACACGGUUCCAAUUCCAAGCAAGAUCUCGAGUUCCUUAUCUUCUAUAUGUCUGAAACUCCUUCAAACUUUCGAAAGAUUUUUAUUGCCUUUCAACCAUUUUUACGACCUUAUUACAUCUCUUCCAGCGACUAUGCAAUCCGUUGCUAGUAAAAAUCGUUGGCCACGUACGGGGCUUAUAUUUUGUUAAUCGGUGUGAUUUCUAUUACCGUAGUCACAUAAUUAUACGUGUUUGCGAGCGACUGACUGUGCUCAACUGACUGCGUGGAAAAAGGCAGAGCCAACGAAACGAAAGAGAAGCACGAGAAAAUCAGGUUUUUGCGUUCUUUCGCAAAAGAAUGAAAACGAAUCGGAAUUUCCUCGCGAGGCAAUCAACGUGUGCAGUCCAUAUCGUUUGUGACAGAUGAUGAUGAUAAGGAUGCAACUGCGUGUAUCGGAAGUAUAGACGAUUGUUUUGUUAGUCAAGAGGAAUUUCGUUACGAUCGUCUUUGUUUAUUCUUCUUUUUUCCUUUCUUUUUCCUUUUUUUUGUUUUUGUGUCUCGUAGCGUGGAGAUCGAACGAACAUCCUUGAUCGACGAGCAUCGGGUAGAACGCGAGAGACGAGUGGUGGGAUUAAGCUAUCGAAUUAUUAUUAUUUAUUGUAGCUACUUAAGGUGUAUGUGAAAGUACGCGAAAGACGUAUCGCGAUUGAUACUGUACUGUACGAAUGCAUCUGUGGUAUAUUUCUAGUGUGCAAUAAAAACGAGAGAAAGAGGGGUGUCGUGUAUUCAGCAACGAUCGCGUCCCGUAAGUUAUUGAUUAAUGUUGUUAAGUGUCUAGAAGCAAGAGAGUACGUAACUGCGUAUGAAAUAUAUUUGUAUUAUAUGUA